AUGGACGGGAGUCGAUCUCGCUCGAACUCGACGACCAGUACAGAAACCGACUAUAAUUCAACAUCCAGAACCCAGUCUCGAAGAGCAAGUCUCACAGGAUCAAUCAAGUCCAAAAUCAACACAAAUGACCUGCACUUAACAUACUCAGGAUCAUAUCCGGAUGACACCGUUGCAUAUCGCACGGGGCAUACCCCGACGGAGAGCAUGGACCAAGACACCGAAAUAACCGAGGGUGACUUGAACCGCAGGGAAGUCAACUUGGAAUCAGGACCAGCUGCGGGGCAAAGCUUGGAAAAGUCCAAAACGGGGAGAUCUACAUUGGCGAAUUCUAAAUUGAUUACAUGGGAUGGCCCAUAUGAUCCGACCAAUCCUAAGAACUGGUCUAGCACGAAGAAAUGGUCGGCGGUUAUUAUGGUCUCGCUGUUUACUUUCAUUUCACCAGUAUCCAGUAGUAUGGUCGCGCCGGCUUUGGAUGCUCUGAAGGCGGACUUGGAAAUAUCAAACACUAUUGUGCUCCAAUUGACGAUGUCGAUUUUUAUUCUCGCAUAUGCCGUCGGACCUCUUUUCCUGGGCCCUAUGUCGGAGGUUUAUGGUCGAGUGAUUGUACUCCAGCUGGCGAACCUGUGGUUCCUGGCAUUCAACAUCGGAUGUGGAUUUGCCAAGACAACAACACAAAUGAUCAUCUGUCGAUUCCUAGCUGGACUAGGUGGUAGUGCCCCACUAGCAAUUGGUGGCGGUGUACUAUCUGAUUGUUUCCUCCCUGAACAACGAGGCAAGAGUCUAGCAAUGUACAGUCUUGCUCCAAUGCUCGGACCUGCCCUCGGACCCAUUGCUGGAGGGUUCAUCGCCGAGAAAGUUACCUGGCGCUGGGUAUUCUGGUCUGUCUCGAUCGCAGACGCCCUCAUCCAACUUGCCGGCCUCUUCUUCCUCCGCGAGACCUACGCUCCCAAGCUCCUCGGCGACCGCGCAAGACGUCUAACCAAAGAAACUGGGGAGGCGCACCACACAGAAGCGGAGCUCACCAAGAUCCCAUUCAAACAGAAGAUGGCCACUUCUCUGGUUCGACCAUUCCGACUCCUUCUCACCCAACCAAUCGUCCAAGUCUUAGCAAUCUACAUGGCAUACAUCUACGGUCUCAUGUACCUGAUGUUAUCCACAUUCCCGGAUCUCUGGACCAGCGCAGAAUACUACAACGAAUCCAGCGGCAUCGGCGGAUUAAACUACAUUUCCUCGGUCUAG